CUCACGCAUCAGUCGUGAUCCAACAGCGCCAUCUAUAGACGGAAGUGUACCCUGCGUCUUACCGCCCCGACCCAUCACCUCACUGCUGCAAAACACAGCACAGGCCGGGCUACAGUAGUCUGUCUGUGAAUAACAACAAGGAACACCAGCAAGAUGUCUGACAUGGAAGAUGAUUUUAUGUGCGAUGAUGAAGAAGAUUACGACCUGGAAUACUCAGAGGACAGCAAUUCAGAGCCAAAUGUGGACUUGGAGAACCAGUACUAUAACUCCAAAGCCUUGAAGGAAGAUGAUCCCAAAGCAGCGCUUAGCAGUUUCCAGAAGGUGCUGGAACUAGAAGGAGAGAAAGGAGAAUGGGGGUUCAAAGCACUUAAACAGAUGAUCAAAAUCAAUUUUAAGCUGACAAACUUUCCAGAGAUGAUGAACAGGUACAAGCAGCUUCUCACAUACAUAAGAAGUGCUGUUACCAGAAACUACUCAGAGAAGUCCAUCAACUCCAUUCUGGACUACAUCUCUACCUCCAAACAGAUGGACUUGCUCCAGGAAUUCUAUGAAACCACACUGGAGGCUUUGAAGGAUGCAAAAAAUGACAGACUGUGGUUCAAAACUAAUACAAAGUUGGGGAAACUGUACUUGGAAAGAGAAGAAUAUGGGAAACUGCAAAAGAUCCUUAGACAACUACACCAGUCCUGUCAGACAGAUGAUGGCGAGGAUGACCUAAAGAAAGGCACGCAGCUGUUGGAGAUCUAUGCUCUGGAGAUCCAAAUGUACACAGCACAGAAAAACAACAAGAAAUUGAAAGCCUUGUAUGAGCAGUCCCUUCAUAUUAAAUCUGCCAUUCCUCAUCCACUCAUAAUGGGAGUUAUUAGAGAGUGUGGUGGGAAGAUGCAUCUGAGGGAGGGUGAAUUUGAGAAAGCUCACACAGACUUCUUUGAGGCCUUUAAAAACUACGACGAGUCUGGAAGCCCACGAAGGACGACAUGCCUGAAGUAUCUGGUCUUAGCAAACAUGCUUAUGAAGUCUGGAAUUAACCCCUUUGACUCUCAAGAGGCCAAACCAUACAAAAAUGACCCAGAGAUCCUAGCGAUGACAAACUUAGUAAGCGCCUACCAGAACAAUGACAUCACUGAAUUUGAGAAAAUCCUGAAAACAAACCACAGUAACAUAAUGGACGACCCUUUCAUCAGAGAGCACAUAGAGGAACUCCUGCGCAAUAUUAGAACUCAAGUACUUAUUAAACUCAUCAAACCGUACACAAGAAUACACAUCCCUUUCAUAUCAAAGGAGCUGAACAUUGAUGUGUGCGACGUGGAGAGUUUGCUGGUGCAGUGCAUCUUGGAUAACACAAUCCAUGGACGAAUUGACCAGGUGAACCAACUACUAGAACUGGACUACCAGAAAAGAGGAGGGGCUCGUUACACAGCUUUAGACAAAUGGACAAAUCAGCUGAACUCCUUGAACCAAGCCAUUGUUAGCAAGCUCACAUGAUGGCCUGUAAAAUCAAGAGACAAGGAGAAAUGGCAUGUUUGAAUACAUCCAUAAAGUUAUGCUACUGUGCUCCUUCAAGUUUAUCCUCUGAGACAAGAGGCACAGCACAGGCUUUGAGAAUGCGUCAAUAUCAAGAAGACCUCCAGCACUCUUAAGACAGUGUUCAGAGUGUGUUGUUUUGUGCUGAUAAAAGGAAAUCACUGGCACUUGUUUUUGUUUUCCGUGUUCCUAAUUGGCAAAUCCUUCCAUGUGCAACACAAAGUUGCUUAAGUCGUGAAACAAAACCUCCGAAUGUGUAUGAAAACCUGUACACAGUAUUUUAAUGUAUGCUGUUGCCUGUUGGUAAUAAAGAUUUCUCUCAGCACUAAAUGAGUUCAGCUGCCUUUGACUAGCUACAAACUUUGUGCUUUGGGAAUUUGAUCAAGUAGAAUUGAAUAAAUAAAGGUUUUGAAACUGUUA